AUGCGCGCACACCCUCGCCUCGCGGGGAGGUGCGGACCCCGCCCUGCGGUGCGGGCCCGUGAGCAUCUCCAGGCAACGGCGUCCGCGGGAGCGCGCGAGGACAGGCGGGCGAGGCUGGACCGUUGGGCGGCGAGGAAGCGGCGCCAUGUCAGCCCAAGGAGUGGCAGUGCUGCUGUCUUGGCUGAGCUGUUGCGGCUCGGCCCUCUGGAGAUUCAGUUAGAGUAUGAAGGGACAUCAUUUUCUGAGUGGAGUGUGCCAGGAACUUGUUCUGUGAAAAAUAAAAGAUCACCCAAGACAGAACUGCGUUGUUCUGCUGGUAUUCAGGUUAUAAAACCAAUUGUUACGGGCCCCGAUUUAGAAGAAGAACGCUAUUUCCCUAUGGAGAAUUCUUAUUUUUGCUUUCUCUGGUAUCAUAAGGCUAUAAAUUUACCUGACAAUUUAACCCAGGUCAUUGUAUGGGUAUACGAUCCAGAAAGUGCAGACCCCAGUGAGUUGCUGUGGACUGCAGAUGAACCUUCCCUGGAUUCCGAAGCACUUAGCAAGCAUUUAGCCGCUAUGGGACAGAAGCCUACCAUACAUACAACUCAGAGGAGAAAACUUUAUUUUCCACAUGAACAAAUGAAGAAUGGGGCCUGGCAUUUCUCAGUACCAGUGGCAGAAGAUGAUGUGGUAACUGAGAUUAAAGGAAAUGAAGUGGCUUUUUUUGAUUGUUUCGUUGCAGACACUCUUUUCCUGCUGACUUUUCCUUUUCUGGCAAUACCUGAGACGCCUGGUUUUUUACCAAUCUCUUCACCACGGGGCAGUCAAUUAAUGGCAUCCCGGGCUAAUUGUGUUCCUUCAUCUGUUGUGGUGGUAGCUGAUAUGGAGACCUUUCAGACAAACGAUUCAUUCCGUACGUGGGUCAAGAUCAGAGUACCCCCAAACAUUCUGACUGAUGAUGAAAGACACAGUGUGUCUGAUGUGAACCUAACAAAGGAUGGAAUAUUUCUUUUAAUAAACGGUAUUCUUUACAUAAAAAAUUUUACAGCAUUUACAAGACUGGGAAGCAAUGUAAAUCUUCCUGAUAGUGGAAUUAUUGGCAUUACAUCAAGAAAAUGGUGUUGGCUCAAUUAUUUAUUGAAGGAUGAAGGAAUAAGAAGCAGCAUGGCAAUCUGGACAGAAAAUGAAGUUUAUCUUGGAUAUACUUUUCCUAAAUUUGUUAAAAUAGGAACUACUGAAAUGUUGAAAAAACUUGUAAAUAUGUCAUCAGCUGCUACUCUGACUAUACACAAUGUUGAGUAUACAGGACACCCUUUGGAACUUGGCUUGUUAUUAAGUUACUGCAUUACAUGUGAAGUCACCAAAACAAUCUACCUAGUGAUAUAUAAUGAAGACACAAAACAGUGGGUAUACCAAGACUUUGCAUUAGAUGUCACUAUUGACACUUUUCUACAUCUAUAUUUUACACAUUCAGCGCUGCCAGAAUUUAUACUGUGGGACAAACAAAGGAUCUACUAUUAUUAUCACAACCUCAAAGAUAAGGGAGUAUUACAGACAUCUACAGAAUCUGGAAAUCUAUCAAGAUUAUCACAGGACAGCAAUAUUCACGAUGUUUUUAUCGAUUAUUUUGGAAAUAUUGUGAUAAAAAUGGAAAAUAAUGUAAUGUUUUAUUCCAAGGUGUCUGCUGAAGAUGCAGUGAAACUACAUUUAUGGACAAGUAACAGAAUAAAAUCAUUAAUUUCCUUGGAUUCAUCUGGUCAAGUAUAUCUCAUAUACGUUUUUGAAAAUGGUGAAAUACAGCGACAGGAAUAUCCCUUAAUACUGGAAGCACACAGUGCAAUUUUUAAGACAGAAGAAAAAUGUCCCUACUGGGAAUUUCACAAUAAUAUUUUUGUUGCUUUUUACUUAUUGGACAAGGGACAAAACCUGUCAUUUUGGGCUCUAAUAGUCUAUCCAGAAAAUACUGGUCUGUACAUCAUUGUGGAAUCAUAUGGCCCCAAAAUAUUAGAUAAAAAACAACAAGUUCACUAUGAAACUGCCUUAGGAUACAGCAUUAAAAACAUGACUGUAACAUUUUCUCAGAAUAUCAACUAUGAGGCAGUAGAUGAUUAUUUCACAUUGCAACACCAGAACACGGGUCUUCUGCUCGUCCAGGUUAGGUUUAGUGAAUUUGCGAAAAUAUGUCCAAUAACCCAAAAGGUGUUCCAAAUAGCUGUGGGCUGUGAUGCUAAAAAAUUCAUCGCUGUCAAAGGAUUUCAUAAAAAAGAAUGUCGUCAUCAUGAUUUUUAUUACCGUAUUGAAAAGACAUAUCUGAGGGAUCGACCAUCUAAACACUUGAGAGUAAAAUAUGAUUGGGAAAAAUAUGGCUGCCCACUGAGACUUAAUUUCAAAGAAAAGUUUCGCCCUUUACUUCAAUUAUACAAUGACGAAAACUAUGUUGAAGACGUUGAAGUAAAUUUCAUAGUGUGGGAAAUACACGGCAGGGAUGACUAUAGCUUUAACAACACUAUGAAGAAGAGUGGUUGUUUGAAAGAAGCUCAGACAUGGAAAUCAAUGACUCAGCUUAACAAGCACCUCCCAUUAGAAGAGGCCUGGGGACCAGAGAACUAUAAGCACUGUUUUUCUUACGCUAUUGGAAAACCAGGAGACUUAAAUCAACCAUAUGAGAUCAUCAACAAGUCUAACAAUAACCAUUUAGUUUGGCCCGUGGACCAUUAUGGAAUGUAUGUGUUUCGUGUGAAGAUCCUGGAUCCAAACUAUAGUUUCUGUAAUCUAACAGCUAUAUUUGCAAUAGAGACCUUUGGAGUGAUUCCCAGUCCCCGUACUUACCUGGUUGCUGCCAUCCUCUUUCUCCUGAUGCUCCUGUUCCUCAGUCUUCUAGCUCUGAGCUACUUGUAUUAUUAUCUGAGGAUUUACAGUGCAUUUAUUGAUGUACCACUUCACAACCCUGAAACAAAACAAAAGAAUGAUUAAGAAAAAUGGAAGUUUAUUGACUACAAAUGUAUGUAUGUAGAGGGAGUGUCUCUAUCCUUAUAUUGAGAGUAUAAGUUUGACUAGGAACUACUAAGUAUAAGUGCAUAGUAAGUAUCACCAAAUUCAAAAUCUGAAAAGUGUUCUUAAAUUACUCAAAACAAAACUAUUUUUGUAUAUAAUGCAUGUUAUUAAAUUAAUCCUUAGUGUGUUUACAUUUAUCUUAAUGUAGUCUAUGUACUUUUAUAUGGCUUAAAGAAAAAAAAAACUUUAAACCACCUAAAUUUGGCUAUUACAAUCUUUCCUAAGAAUGAAAGUAAAUUUUUGAAAAUAUAA